ACUUGUUUUUCAUUUUUUGGUGCUUUAUCUAGUGCUCAUAUACAAGUGUGUGUGAGAUAGAGUGAGAGUAUUGGAGAGAGAAGCUGACGAUGAUGACGCAGAAAAUCCCAAAAGCUAGUGUGGUUUUGAGAGACGGUGUUUGUGAUCUUCAAAAAGAAUUUCCAAUUCCAAUACGGGUUUGCUAACAUUGACGAUGCCCCAACUCAGUUCGAUCACAUGCUUCGAAUGUGACCUUUGCCCUCAAUUCUUCGAUUCAACCAACUCUUAACUUCAAUUGCAAGAUCAAAGCAUUAUUCCACUGCGAUUUCUCUGUUUACAAAAUUGGAUUUCUGUGGUGUUUGUACACUUAACAUCGUUAUUAAUUGUUUCUGUAGCUUGAAUUGAGUUGAGUUGGGUUUUUCUGUUUUUGGGAAAAUAUUGAAAUUUGGUUAUGAUCCAGACACCACAACCUUCGAUACCCUCAUCAAGGGGUUUUGUCUUAAUGGUAACAUGGCUUCUGCUGUUAAGUUUUUUGAUGAAAUUGUGGAGAAAGGGUUCCAACCGAAUUUCAUUACUUACGGCACUAUAAUGAAUGGACUAUGCAAAAUUGGAAACACUAGUGCUGCUAUUCUUUUGCUCAGAAAGAUGGAAGAAAAAGGAAAUUGUGAGCCUGGACUAGUGGAAUAUAGCAUGGUCAUCAAUAGCCUUUGCAAGGACAGACUAGUAACCGAGGCUUUGAAGCUCUUUUAGGAAAUGAUAGGUAAAGGUAUUUCACCAGAUGUCAUCACUUACACGUUGUUAAUUCAAGGUGUAUCUAGUUUAUGUGAGUGCAAAGAAGCUACAAGAUUGUUGAAUGAAAUGGUUGGUAAGAAUAUCUGGCCAAAUGUUCAUACUUUUAACAUUUUAGUUUAUGCACUUUGCAAAGAAGGAAAGGCCAAAGAAGCACAAAUUGUGGUUCAAUUGAUAAUCCAAAGAGGUGUGGUGCCUGAUGUUGUCACUUAUAGUGCUGUAAUGGAUGGGUAUUGUCUGUGUGGCCAAGUAGAUGGGGCAAGGAAAAUGUUUGAUGUUAUGGUUAGUAGGGGUUGUGCUCCUGAUGUUGUCACUUAUAAUGUCUUGAUAAAUGGGUAUUGUAAGAUCAAAAACGUAGAUGAAGCCAUGAAUCUCUGUAAGGAAAUGUCUCAAAAAAGAUUGCUUCCUGAUAUUAUUACCUACACCACUCUUAUUGGUGGCUCGUGCCAAACAAGAAGGCCUCGAGAUGCACUUUUGCUUCUUGAUGAGAUGCUAACUCAUGGCCAAAUUCCUGAUCUAUUUACUUACUCUACUUUGCUAGAUGGCCUAUGCAACAACCAAUAGAUUGAUGAGGCAUUGGCAUUGUUUGAAAAGAUUGAAACAGCUGGAUUAGUUUCUAAUAUUGUUGUCUAUAAUAACCUAAUACAUGGCAUGUGCAAAGUUGGGAAGCUCGAUGAUGCAAGAAAACUCUACUUGUGUCUUUCUGCUAAAGGUUUGAAACCUAAUGUUUGCACAUAAAAUAUAAUGAUCAAUGGACUUUGCAUGGGAAGGCUACUUGAUGAAGCAAGCAAGUUGCUAAUGAAAAUGGAAGAAGGAUGCUCACCAGAUUUUUACUCGUAUAAUAUAUUGGUUCAAGGAUUUCUACAAAAUAAUGGAACACAGAAAGCAUUGCAAUUGCUUCACAUAAUGGAUGAUAGAGCUAUCUCCGUGGACCCAUGCACUGUAACCUUGCUAGUUAAAUUGUUGUCUAAUGAUGGAUUAGAUAAUUCGUCAAAGGAAAUGCUUCAUGUGUUUUUUGGAAUUGCUUAAUUUUCCAAGUAACCACCUAGGUUUUCUGAAGCUACUUUGUUUUCUAAGGCAUCAUAAUGAGUCAAGGAAUUGCGUUGAUAUAUAUAUGCUUUAUUGAUAAUUGUUGUUACUUGUAAGUUGAUUUAACUCAAACAUACUUGCUUUGAUAUUAUAUUUUAUAUAAAGGUCUGUUUUUGUUGCU